GCUAUGAGCAUCCUGUUGCUCCCGCGUAACAUCCCGUCCAGCCUCACCCUCCUCACCAGCAUGAUUGACGAUAUAUGGCACUACGCUGGCGACCAGUCCACGGACUUUAACUGGUACACCCGUCGGGCUGUGCUCACCGGCAUCUACAGCACCACCGAACUGGUGAUGAUGCAGGAUUCAUCCCCUGACUUCCAAGACACUUGGCGCUUCCUGGAGAACAGAGUGGCCGAUGCCAUGAACGUGGGAAACAGAGCUCAUCAGGUACAGGCAACCGGAGAAGCAGUUGUCCAGGGCCUGAUGGGAGCUGCCGUUACCAUCAAGAACCUGGCAGGGCUCAACCAGCGUCGGUGA